GAUCUAGCUAGAACGGCCGAAAUUAUGGACCCGGAGCGGUCGAUACCCUGCAGCAGGCCGGGGUUGUGGACCGAGCCAAGAUGUCGCCAUCGGACCAAAUAUUGUGUAAUGUCACAAGAAAAAUGAAGACUUCCAACGUCGGCGUGUGGUACCAUACCGCUGGUAUGAUAUAAAGAUCAUAUCCGUCGCUUCUCGUGUAAGCUGGAGAGCUGGAUUACCUAGGGCCUCUCGUGGAUUUUUGCCUCGACCGAUUUUCGCCUCGUUCCGACGGCAUUGUCGACAGCCAAACUGCUAAACUUGAGCCGGGCAAUACCUACAAUCCACUCGAGUCGACCAGCAAAAUGAGUAGCUCCUCUAUCGCAGACGCGCCGACGGACGGCUCCGCGGUCAAGCAGAAGCGCACGUGGUACCACACAACGCUCUUCAACGCCUUCGUCAUCGGCGGCGUCGGCUUCAUCGCCCCGGGACUAUGGAACGCGAUGAACAACCUAGGCGCUGGCGGCGCGCAAGAGCCGUACUUGGUUAACGCGGCUAAUUCGCUCGUCUUCGCCAUCAUGGGGUUCAUGUGCUUGUUUGGCGCGCCCAUCGCCAAUAGCAUUGGUCUACGAUGGACGCUUUUUCUGGGCGCUGUGGGGUACCCGGUUUAUUCGGCUGGCUUAUAUGCGAACAAUCGCUACGGCAAUACUUGGCUUGUAUUAGUUGGCGCCGUGGCGUGCGGCUUGAGCGCCGGUGCGUUUUGGUGCUCAGAAGCAGCCAUCGCGGUAGGCUAUCCCGAGCCUGCAAAAAGAGGUCGUUAUCUCAAUAUAUGGCUGUGGUUUCGCACGGGCGGACCCUUAGUCGGCGGCGCCAUCGUGCUUGCGCUAAACCAUGACGAGGGCACCAAGGCUAAGGGCAAGGUAGGAUACCAAGUAUACCUGAUAUUCAUCGCGCUACAAUGCGUUGCCGCUCCCCUCGCGCUCGCGCUGUCGCCACCGGAGAAAGUGCAGCGUUCAGAUGGAUCGAAAGUUAUCAUUAAGAGCGAAGGCUCUUUCGCAGGGGAGUUCCGUGCGCUAUGGAGGGCCUGCAAGCGCAAGGAUAUCCUCCUCCUGCUGCCGGUUUUCUGGGCGGCCUACUUCAACCAGUAUAGCAGCAACUUCCAGUCGUACUACUUCGGUGUGCGAGCGCGCGCCUUGAUCGGCUUCGUGAAUAACUUCGGCACCCUGAUAUCGUCGCAAAUUAUGAGCACGCUGCUGGAUUAUAAGGGUCUUCCGGUCAAGAAGCGCAUAGUGAUCGGCUUUUUCUACGUCGUGGUGGUGCACAUAGUGGCCUGGGUAUACGGCUGGGUGAUUCAAAUUCGGUAUAAUGUCAACCCACCUGCCUACGACUGGGAGGACAAGGGGUUCGUCGAGGGCUUCUUCGUGCUGGUCCUUUGGGACUUUUCCCGACAGGCACUUCAGAAUUGGCUUUAUUAUCUCGUCGCGAGCAUGACUGACAAUAUCUCGGAGCUGACACGGUUCUCGGGCAUCCUAAGAGGACAGGAGAGCUUUGCCCAGGCCAUUAGUUUUGGAAUCAAUACGCAAAAGUUUAAGGAUGCUGGGCGUGUGCCUCUAGCCGUAAACACCAUCCUGCUUGGUCUAUCUGUAUUCCCCACGUGGCUUGUUGUCCGUAACCACGUCCCGGUCGAGCAAGACACCAAGCAUGCCUCCGACAACGAAAGCCACGCAGAAGAAGGUCUGGCAGGUCAAAGUCUGGAUUCUAGUGAAAAACAGAAGUUUGCCGUUGGGAAGACAAGUAUCGGGGGAGAUGCUGCAAUCUGAAGGGUACGAAGUAUGAUGUAGAUCAAUAGAAUUCACUUCCAGCCGAACUCUAACGGAUGAUAAUUGAAAAGAUAUUUCCUCCAUGGCGUUAAAAUACUUCAAGACGGACAUGUAGAGACGACCUGUGCUCGACCUGUUAGCUAAAGAAUCCUAAUGACAGUUGUUGCUGGUGAUGCAUCUAUGAAUAUAAUAGGAUGUUAUGGUCACUUUCUUAUUCCCAAGCGCGUAAAUGAGGAGCGGCUUCGUAAAAUAUUUGACAGUU